UCCUCCCUCAAUCUCUGUAGCAUUUCAAAUUUCUUUCCCAGAAACCCAAUCUUCUGCUCUAAAAUCUCUCUUUCAGUCCGUACAAUCGCAGCUCUCCGGUCUACGGCGGACCUCUAAGCUUUCCGGUGUGACACUCUUCAGAAUCUGGCGUCAAUGUAUUCUGCCUUCGCCGUUUUUCUGAUCCAGAUUUUUUGGACUUGAAAAUCCUUGACAUUCUGCUUGGUUGUCGAGAAAAGGAAAAUGAAAGGAUAGAGAGUAAAAUCCGAAAAAUUGCGUUUUGCGUUCUGCUUCGGAAUUCAAAGCGUGGAAAACUUUCUUUUUCUUUCCCUGCAUUUACUUAGCUUCCAAACGAAAAAGUAAAGCUCUUGCUCAUUCGUCUAAAAUAUUAGCAGCUUCUCUGUGAACUUUGAAGGUUUUGAUGGAGGAAAGUGAGAAUGGAGAUUUCCCACCAAAACCACUAAUUUCACUUAGAACACCGGAGGAGACAGUUACAGAGAUAUCUUCUUUCCCGCCAAAAAUCCGAAUGAAGCAGCUAGAUUUCAGAAUGUCUCCGGCUUCGCCGAACUCGGUGGUGCCACGUUUGCUUCCGCGGACUCCACUGUCCACAAGAAACUUUGAAUCCCCAAGAUCACAGCCACAGGCUAACAUCAAAGCAAUCAAUGGUACUCCAAAGCAUAAAAAAUGUUGCACUUGCAAGCAAUCAAAGUGCUUAAAGUUGUAUUGUGAGUGCUUUGCCUUUGGAAUAUACUGCGAUGGAUGCAAGUGUGCUGAUUGUUAUAACAAUGUUGAGAAUGAGGCUGCAAGACAAGCAGCUGUUGAAUGUAUUCUAGAGCGCAACCCAAGUGCAUUCAGGCCAAAGAUUGAGAGCAGCCCACUUAGAACUCAGGAUAAUGGGGAUAAAGAAAAUGAGAGUCCAAUGGUUGGGAAACACAACAGGGGAUGCAACUGCAAGAAAACAGGGUGCCUUAAAAAGUAUUGUGAAUGCUUUCAAGCUAACAUCCUCUGUUCUGAAAACUGCAAAUGUCUGGACUGCAAGAAUAUUGAAGGAUGUGAGGAGAGGUUGACUUUUUUACAUGGGGACCACUCUAAUACUGAUACCUGUAUCCAGCCAGCGAGUGUUGCCAUAUCUGAUGCUAUUGACUUCUUAGGCAACAGAUUCUCUCCAGCAUUAGGGAAAAGAAAAGGUCAUGGACUCCUUGAUUCAAAUGAGAGGGAUGCACAAAUUCAGAGGCUCACGCGGCAUCAGGAGCCGGUGAAUCCUCUCAGGAGUUAUGAUCCUGUUCAUCAAGUUGUUGGUUCUACUUUAUAUGACUCCUCAAAGUUAACAUACAGAUCAUUAUUAGCAGAAGUCAUUCACCCAGAAGACAUAAAAAAGCUUUGCUCAAGAUUGGUGAGAGCAUCAGAGUUUGCUCCUCCUAUACUUGCAGGUAUAUAUUGGAACCAGGAACAGAAGUAG